CUCUGAGUCAUCCUUGUAGGUCACUGUCUGACAGUCUGUCUACUGACCUGCUGUCUGUCUGUUGAUACCAUUUCAUUCACUCACUGACACACAGAAGCAACUUGCUGUAGAUGAGGAGGAUGAGGAAACCGUUUCACAUCCACACAUUUAUUCAUUCUCACAGAUAGCAGAGCAGGCCUACCAACACACACUCACACACUCACCCCAGCCCUGUCAUGGAGGCGAUGGUUCAGAAGUCUCUAGUGGCUCCUCUGAAAAAGCUGACAAGUUGUGUGAACGGAGCUGCCGAGAAGGACGUCUGGACAAAACAAAGAUCUAAGCAGGGGUCAAAGUGCAGAAGCAGUCAAACACGCGACUCUGCACUGCUGCGAGCCUACCAGGCCGAUCUGGACAGAGAGAGGAAGCUGCGUGAGGCCAUGAACGCUCAGAAGAACGCAGAGAGAGCAGCCAUGAGGGCCCACUUCAGGAGGAAAUACCAGCUUUCACAGAAUGCCAAGGACAGCAGCCAUCUGCAGGCAGUGGGUGGUAAAGUGGCUCUCCCCCCUGAGCUGGCCAAGAUGGUGCGGUCCGACGGCCAGGGGAAGGAUGAGAGCUCUACGCUGCUGAGUGCAUUUCAGAGCCUGAGCUUCGAUAUGGGACUGAUCUCAGGCAGCAAGCAAAACACACACAGUGGCACAUCUGACCACGCAGGACGGUGCAAAGUGAUGUGACGGCUCAGCACACAAAAAAGGCAAUGUACCAAAC